AGUGUGCUCAUCUCAUUGCCCGGAUUUAUUGACUAACCCGAAGAAGACGGACAGACGGAAAACAUGGCGGCGGCUCAGAAAGACUCGAAACCGGGGAAACCUUUAAAGAAGGAGUCACAGCCUUUAAUAAUCGCUAAAAGUCCUGCAGAGGAGCAGCGGCUCAAACUGGAGAAAUUAAUGCGCAACCCGGAUAAACCGGCGCCGAUACCGGAAAGACCGAAAGAAUGGACUCCUCGCUCGGCCCCAGAGUUCGUGCGUGACGUCAUGGGCUCCAGUGCCGGAGCAGGUAGCGGUGAGUUCCAUGUCUACAGACACUUGAGGCGGCGCGAGUAUCAGAGACAAGACUUUCUGGACCGGAUGUCUGAAAAGCAAAAGCUGGAUGAAGACUACCAGGAGAAAAUGAAGGAAAACCAGCAGGCUGCUGAGGACAGGACAGCCAAACGCAGGAAGAAGAGGGAGAAGCUCAAACAGAAAAAGUUGAUGGCCAAGAAAGCCAAACAGGAGAAGACCCAAGCAGAAUCUGAUGAGGAGGAGGAGUCCUCAGCGAGCGAGAAGGAGGAGGAAGAGGAGGAAACGAAUGAACGGGAGGAUGAUGCUGAGGAGCCCAGCUUUGUCAUGGGAAAGAGGUGACUCCUGAAGAAUCUUAUCAGGGAAGCACCAUGGUCCUAAAUUCCAUUGAAAGAGUUUGAAACACCUUUAAACAUGGAGAACAGACUUUUAUAAAAAAGCUCAGAAUGGAAUGGACAAAUAGGACCUGUAGAAAAAUACUGGACAUUGUAUUUCUUCUCAAGAAUGUUCUUUUUUUUUCUUGAAUUGUACAUACUAUAUUUUUAAUAAACAUCACAAACCCAGCA